AUGUCAUCGACGGACAGACAGUCAUCGGCAGUGAAUCCCGUGGUAUACGUGACUCGUAUUCAGAGCUUCUGUUCGGCGCAUCGACUGAACAGCGGAUCACUUGAUGUGCAGACAAACGGUCAGACAUAUGGCAAAUGCAAUGCAGUUCACGGACACAACUAUAAGGCAGAGGUGACAGUGAGAGGUGCUGUCGAUGCCAUCACUGGCUUUGUGGUGGACAUCGCUAUUCUCAAUGAUAUCAUCGAUGAGACUAUAAUGAAGACAAUGGACCACAAGAACAUCGACGAAGACGUGCCUUACUUUCGGGACAACCAUAUCGUGAGUACUGCAGAGAAUAUUGCGGUUUAUAUCUGGAAAGCAAUCGCAGAAAGACUGCCGAAGAGUGUGUCCUUGGAUUCAAUCAAAUUACACGAAACCGACAAAAAUGUAUUCGUAUUUCGCGGAGAAUUUGUCUGA